UGGCCAAUCGGCGCUGGCCGGGCGGGUCCCUCUCGGCCAAUCAGCGCCCACCCCUCCCCGCGGGCCACGCCCCGUGUCAAGAUGGCGGCGCUGAGGGCGCUGCGAUGGCGGCGCCUCCCGGGGCUGGUGCCGAGGAGGCUCCUCGGGAGCGCCGAAUUGGGUUCCCCGGAGGAGAAGCCGCAGUUCCCGGGGGCCUCUGCGGAGUUCGUGGAUCACCUGGAGUUCAUCCAGCCCAACGUCCUGGCGGGAAUUCCCGUCUACCGCGUCAUGGACCGGCAGGGACACGUCCUGAGGCCCAGCGAGGACCCCCAGCUGCCCAAGGAGCAGGUGCUGAAGCUCUACCAGACGAUGACGCUGCUCAACACCAUGGACAGGAUCCUCUACGAGUCCCAGCGCCAGGGCCGCAUCUCGUUCUACAUGACCAACUAUGGCGAGGAGGGCACCCACGUUGGCAGCGCCGCCGCCCUCGAGCCCUCCGACCUCGUCUUCGGACAGUACCGCGAGGCAGGUGUGCUGCUGUACCGGGGGUACCCCCUGGAGCUGUUCAUGGCUCAGUGUUACGGCAACGCCAACGACCCGGGGAAGGGGCGGCAGAUGCCGGUGCACUACGGGUGCCGAGAGCGCCACUUCGUCACCAUCUCCUCCCCCCUGGCCACGCAGAUCCCACAAGGUGACACCCCUGUCCUGCAUUCCCAAAUCCAUGUCCUGUGUCCCUGA